CCCCUUCGACUCUUCUCUCCUCCCCUCCGCCACCGCCUGCUUGUCAAACCGAACCUCCUCCUCCGCUUACUGUCCCCUCCCAGCGGGUCUCCCUCCCUUCAGCCACUGCAGUGAAAGCCUCGGUGAAGGAGAGAGAAACGGUUAAGAGAUCCUGAACCUGGGUGUAAAGCCAGGACGAGAGCCGAGAGCACCUACAGCGUAUUUUUCUUGUAUUUCUCGCCACAGCUCGGCGGCCUGCUGACUUCUGCUGUUGUAACCUCCUUUUCCGUUCACAUCGCUUGGAUUUCAUCAUCCGACCUGCAAGAUGGGAAAUGAAGCCAGUUACCCCCUGGAGAUGUGCUCACACUUCGAUGCUGAUGAGAUUAAGAGGCUAGGGAAGAGGUUUAAGAAACUCGACCUAGAUAACUCUGGCUCACUCAGCGUGGAGGAGUUCAUGUCGCUGCCAGAGCUGCAACAGAACCCACUGGUGCAAAGGGUUAUCGACAUAUUCGACACGGAUGGGAAUGGAGAAGUGGACUUUAAAGAGUUUAUCGAGGGUGUCUCACAGUUCAGCGUUAAGGGAGACAAAGAGCAGAAGCUUCGAUUUGCUUUUAGGAUCUAUGACAUGGACAAGGAUGGCUACAUCUCCAAUGGCGAGCUCUUCCAGGUUCUGAAGAUGAUGGUAGGCAACAACCUGAAGGACACGCAGCUCCAGCAGAUCGUGGACAAGACCAUUAUCAAUGCAGACAAGGACGGAGACGGCAGGAUAUCCUUUGAAGAGUUCUGUGCAGUGGUUGGUGGCCUCGAUAUACACAAAAAGAUGGUGGUGGAUGUGUGAGCGCUCUCCGCUUGCUGAAUCCCCCCCCUUUGUCCUCGACUCUCGCUUUCUCCACCAUCUCUGAAGAUCUGCUCAAGACGUCCGGCAAAACGCUCUCUGUGUAAAUCAAUGGAAGUAUUCGCUCUCUUUCUCUCUUUUUUUUCUUUCUUUUCUCUCUCUUUCUCUCUCUCUCU